CUCUCUCUCUCUCUCUCUCUCUCUCUCUCUCUCUCUCUCUCUCUCUCUAUAAUAACCUCUGACGCCACCCCCGACCUCUCCACGCCACUCCCUGCUUCCACCGUCCAUCGAGAAUACAAAGCGAGGAACGCACCCAAUUACGACGACAAGCACGGAAAGAAGAAACGAAAGAGAGGUCUCCUCCUCCUCCUCCUCAGUCCUCAUCCGCAUGGAGCCCUUUUCCAUCUUGUAUUCUUCUUCUUCUGAUCUGGAGGCCGGAUGGGGUCCUCCCUACGCCCACCCGACGCCGCCCUCCCCCCACGGUUCCGCCGGAGGAGUGGCGAGGCCUCGGACGCCCACGUACAGGUUCUUUUGUGUCGACGUCGACGGCCCACCGCACCACUUCUUGGACUCGUGCUUCCUCUGCCGCAAGCCCCUCGCCGGAAACCGCGACAUCUUCAUGUACAGAGGGGACACGCCGUUCUGCAGCGAGGAAUGCCGGCUGGUGCAGAUCGAGAUGGACGAGGGGACGGAGCAGAGCAGGAAGCACUCUCUCAAAGCUUCCUCCUCGACGGACUCGAACAAGGCCGGCGCGGCCACCAGCCCCUCAAAGUCUCACGAGGCCCACGCAAGGACCGGCACCGUUGUGGCUGCAGGUUGAGAACCAACCAUAUACACCACACGACACGCUGCAUUGAAGGAAGAAAAGCAACAGCGAGCGCUGUGCGUAGGCAAAACCACUGAAGCAUAGCGGAACCAUAUGGGCAGGUGGCUCAGAAAUCCGCAGAAGAACGUGAUUCUUCUUUCUUUUUUGGAGAGAGAGACUAUGAGAGGAACUCUUUUCCCUUUCUUUUUCCCUUUUCUUUUUCUUCUGGAAUAAAAGAAAUCAGCCCGAGUUACGCAA